AUGACUCUUUGGUGUAACGCGUGCCAGUGUUACGUCAGGACGCCGUGUACGUCGCACCACCUGAGCGAGGACCAGCGAUCUUCAGCUUUCUGCAGGAGGUUCAGAUCAACCAAAGGAGCAUCUAAAGCCAGAAGGGACCAAAUCAACAAUGAAAUCAGGAACAUGCGCGCUCUUUUACCAAUCACAUCCGACGACCAGGACCGCCUCUCCUACUUACACUCCAUGGCAGCUAUUUGUACCUACAUUAAGAAGUCAGUGCUUUUUCGAGGAUUGGCGUCGAAGGAGGAAUCAAAAUGUUCCCUUUCUUGUGAGGCCUUUUUGCAAGCGCUUCACGGCUUCGUCUUGGUCACCACGGCCCAGGGGAGGCUGGUCUGCGUGUCCGAAAACGUGGUGGAAUAUUUGGGGAUUUCUAUGGUGGACCUUCUUCAGGGAGACUCUCUGUUUGACAUGGUGGAGCGCUCAGACAUUGAUGUUGUGAAAUCAAAUCUGGACUUCGACAGCAAAUCUUCACCAGAGAGGAGUUUUGUUUGUUCGAUGCAAACCUCCAAAGCCUUCAAGCUCCAAAAUGGCGGCUGCGGUUCGAUGCUGGUACAGGGCAGUUUCCUCUACUUCCCUCUCCCCUCUGGAGUGCCCUCUUCCUCUUCUCGUCCAGUCACGGAGCCCCUGUUCGUGGCCCUCUGCACCCCCACAGUGGACCGCCUCAGGACUGACAACUCCCAGUUCUGCCAUUCAUUUAACACCCUCCACAGACUGGACAUGAGCUUCAACCAAGUGUCAGACAGUGUUUUGUAUUAUCUUGGUUACUCAUCCGAAGAAUUAGCAACCAGAUCAUGGUACAGCCUCAUGCAUCCUGAAGAUCUUUCUCUGAGUGCAGAAUGCCAUAAAACUUUAGUGCAGGCAGAUGAUGGUUCUCAGCUGCAGAUGGUGCUUAGACUCCAGUGUAAAGACCUGUCCUGGGUCUGGAUCUAUAUCAGAGCUAACAAGGAGCCUCAGAGCAUCAGCUGCACUAACUACAUCAUCAGUGAGACAGAGGCAAGGUUCCUCCAACAGAAAAUCAGCAAUGAAGUUUCUGGACCAUCAGAUUCCACUGCACAGCCAACAACUUCAAAUCACAAAACGAGUAAAUGUUUAAAGAGGCAGCGGACAUGCAGUAGCCAAGGAGACGAGCCCUGCGCCAGAAGGAGGAGACGAGACUCGUGGAUAGACCAAACUUUUGUUCCGUGCGAUUUGAAGCAAGAAGACUGCUCCCCCGGUCCUAAAUGUGACCCUAACAUGUUCACUCCUCCAUACACCCCCAGCUCCUCUAGCUCCUCCUUCAGUCAUGAGUUCCUAAUGGAUGUCUUCUCUUCCCCUGAAGCAUCUCCAUCUUAUUUCACCUUCCCACCAGCGCCCCCUAUGUGCGGGCAAUCGCCAUCUCAGUCGCCCCAGUCCUUAUCUCCAGUACAACCAUUAGACCACGCUUCUUUGAGUUCUCUGCCUGCCCCGUCCCCCCUCUCGUCCUCUUCUCUGUCCCCCUCCUAUGACGACUUCGCAGCUUGUACAUCUGACGCCCGAUUGGUUCCAGAUUGCCUCUCUGUGUCAUGUGAAAGCCCACUGGAGUGUACCCUGCAUCAGGAUGACUACAGCCUGUCAGAGCAACCACAAGGGGGCAGCGUUGUCCAGCAUGUUCCGGAUCAUGCUUUACCCAUACAUCCAAAUCUGCUCACUCCAAGCCAGUCGCCAACUUCCCAAGGGACUUUUGAGUACAGUGAGAGGGAGAGAGAGGAGAUAAGUAUACUGGCUCAGCAGAUAUCCUCCUUGGCGAACAGCUUUGAUAUGUUUCGCACUUUGAGCCCCAUUCAAAACACCCAAAUGUCAAUUGUGAGCACUCAACUGUCACCUUGUACUUUCCCUCACCUCACUAAUCACUCCUCUGGGUUUAAAUCUGAGCCCGUCCUGGAUGACUGUAUAUUUGACAGCAUCUUAAACGAUUUGGAUUUGGUCACCAUGAAGAACAAUAGUAGGAGUAUGUCUUGUCAAAUGCAGCAGCCCUUCACACCCCUGGAUGCUUCCACGGACAUGAGAGAGCCUGCAGAUCAGCUCACACCAGGCAGAAUAAACAUGGAUCAAAACAAUGGGUUGCAUCAACUCAACCACUACAUCCUCAGUAGCCUUCAGCAAGAUGGACUGACUGAAGAAAACCUGUACUGAACUAAGUCUGUGACUUGCUCUAUACCAGUUGUAUGGCAUAUUGCCGUGUUUACCUUCCUUUGCUGGAUUCAAAGUUACUGUAUAUGAAGGACACUUUUGCUUUGUGGUUUGAACUCUGAAUGACUUCUCUGUGAAAGAAGCAGAUUCAGGGCUUUGUUUUAGCUGCAGCUUUAUCUUAAUUUCUUAGGUUUGCUGUCAUCUUUGUUGCUGAUGAUGUCUUGUUAAACUGCUUUAAAAUGGUACUUUUAAGAAACAGUUUUGACAACACUUGUAAGUUGAAAAGAGAGCGUAUUUUUCUUGUUCGAACCAUUUACAAUUGAGCACUUUAUCAAUGUCAAACCCUUUUUAAUAAUAAUAAUAAUGAGGCACCAGAACGAUUAUUCACAGAUUUUUUAGUCGUACGGCAACAGUAUUAGUCAAUUUAGGUGCCUUAAAAAGCUUUGGUUCAAAGCAACCUUAAUUUGAUGAAGAAAAAAAAAAGAUUUGUUUUUGUAUUUGCGUUUUAUGAAGGAGCUUGGUGAAAAAAUUGAGCCAAAUAACUACCUCAUUGAAAAUCAUUCCACUGAAAUCACUGAACAAUGUAUUUAUUGACAAACAC